AUGGCGAACAGUGAAGAUGGUAAUCAGGAGCCUACUCGGGAUCAUACCGCCGUCGGAGACGAGUUGUAUGCUCUGUUUGGACAUCAGGAUGAUCUGCAAGUCCUUCAGCUAGCAAUUGGUCAUUACAACGCAGCCCUCACUGAAGACGUCCCCGAUUCUCAACGCAGCAGGAGCGACCAACUUUUGAAGCUGGGGACUGCAUUGUCUCGGCGGUUUGAUCUCGUCGGUGAUACUGCUGAUUUGGACGUCGCCAUCAAUUGUCACAGUGUAGCCAUCGACCUGCUCACGCCGGACAGCCCCGAUGUCCCAAUAAUGCGCGUCAAGUAUGCUCAAAUAUUGAUGAAGCGCUUUAAGCUCCACUUGAGCCAAUCAGACCUUGAUCUCGCAAUUGAGGAAUACGCAUGCAUCUCCGAUAAAAACGAUCCAACUCACAAAGAAUGGCUGGUAGCACUUGCCGAUGCCCUCGUCACUCGCUUUUCCUGCCGGGGAAACACCACAGAUCUUAGCCAAGCCAUCCACUUAUAUGAGUCGGUAGUCAACUUCGAUGCCUCAAAUGCACCUACUUUUGUGCUCGGGAAUCUAUCCCUCGCACAUUUCUUUCGCUACCAACAGGAAGGUGAUGCUCCGGAUCUUACAUCAUCCAUUGCCUACUCCACGAAAGCUCUCGGUAUGAUAUCCUCCGAAGAUCAAAACCGUUCCGUCCUGCUCAAUAACGUGGCAAACGGGUUACUUUCUCGCUUCAAAAAGCUCGGGAGCACUGAUGACUUGGAACAAGCCAUCAAGUUCUAUGAUUCUGUUCUUGAACUAUGUCCAGCAGGGCACAAAGGGCGCCUCCAUGCCCUCAGUAAUCUCGCGGGUGCAAUGAUGACCCGCUACGAAUUCCAAGCGUCCCUCGCAGACAUUGAAGUCUCCGUGGGAUAUUUCCAUGAAGCGCUAGAAAUCUGUCCCAGAAACCAUCCAGAUCGUUCCACAUUGCUCGAUAACCUUGCAACUACCCUCCGCGAGCGCUUUAAACUCACCGGUGACAUAGUUGACUUGGAAACAGCCAUCGAAAAUCACUAUGAAGCACUACAUAAUUUGCCGCAGUUUCACCCCCAUCGCUGUCACACACUAUGCUCGCUUGGGAACGCCCUCCAGUCCAGGUUCGCGUUUCAGGGUGAUCCUGAUGAUCUUAAUGCAGCUGUAGACCGCUACAGCGAAGCUCUUCGCCUGCAAUCUCCAUCCCAUCCAGGACGCGCUGAUUUGUUGAAUAACCUUGCCAACGUCGCUUGCAAACUCUUCAAGGAACGGGGAAACCCACACAAUCUCGACGUUGGCAUCAAGUACUACUCUGAAGCGCUCCAAUUUAGCCCAGAAGGGUAUCAUCGCCCGUUGUUGCUUCACAAUUUCGCUUCAGCUCUUACGAUGCGUUUCACAUGCUAUAAUCGCCCCGAGGACCUGGACCGGGCGUUGGAGCUAGCUGCUUCUGCAUUAGAACUACGUGAAAGAAGCACUGAGUCCAGAUUAUCCUCUCUUGUGGUACUAGCGAACGCCAAGGGUCUCAAAUAUGAACUUGACGGUGAUCCUUCCAUACUCCAAGCUGCAUUCCAGCAUCUUGACGAUGCAUGUGGUUUGUGCACUCCUGGCCACCCGUCCCUUGUCGACAUCUGGGAAGAAUACUCUCGCAUCCACCUUUAUGCCUACUCCAAUGCACCCCAAUCUAAAGACCACUUGGAAGAAGCAUUUCGGUACUUUAGGCUUGCUUCAACUCACAUAUCUGGGGGCUCGCUUCCAAAAUUUUGCGCUGCGCAACGAUGGGCCAAAGAAGCGGAGGCGCACAAGCACUCAUCAGCACUAGAUGCCCACCAGGUUGCCUUGGGCAUAUUCGACCAUCACAUUACGACGAAGCCAUCCGUGGAAUCACGACAUCGCAUAGUCCGUUACAAUGCAGCCUCUUUGGCUGCAGACGCCGCAUCGUGCGCUCUCAAAAAUGGGCUGAUCACACUCGCUGUGGAGAUUCUGGAGCACGGACGAGGGCUUUUAUGGACGUACCUUGCGCGUUUUCGGACGCCGCUAGAUGACUUGCAGAGCACCGGUGAACAUGGCUGUCGACUAGCCGCCAAAUUUCUGAGGCUGAGCCCUCUUCUCGAAGACGCAGCAUGUGGUGCUGUGACCGAAGAGGGAUUGCAACACUACCGAUGUCUCCUCCGUGAAUGGGACGGUGUGGUAGAUCAGAUUCGGCUCGUAGACGGGUUCGGUGACUUUCUUCUCGCACCGAGCUUUUCUAAGCUUAAGGAAGCUGCAAAGAAUGGACCAAUUAUCAUCACCAAUGCGAGCAAGUAUUCCUGCGAUGCAAUAAUCGUCCAUCAUAAGCAUGACCCAAUUCAUAUCCCCCUGACCGACAUCAACAUAUCUGAUAUCCUUCGAUUGUCUUCCCAGUUCAGGGACUUCACUAAGAUUCCCGGAACAGCACGCUCCAAGGAAAGGCAUCUUACCGAUUUACUGCGUCAAAUAUGGGACACUGUCGUCCUUCCUGUGGUCGGGGAACUAGAAUCCUCACUUCGCAUUCCCAAAGGUUCAAGGAUAUGGUGGUGUCCCACCAGUAAUUUCAAUAGCAUCCCGCUCCAUGCGGCAGCAUCAUUUCGGAAAGGCGAGAAAGGUCUGCUCAAUCACUACAUUUCAUCGUACACACCAACUCUCUCUGCCCUCCUGCGUUGCCAGAAACCACGUCACACUCUCAACGACAAAAAUCCGCCACAGAUUUUGGCGAUAGGACAGGCAGCACCGGCUGGUGAUUUUGCAAAGCUCGGAACUGUUGAUGAAGAACUCGAUUCACUUCAGAGUAUCUUACCGCCCACCAUUCCUAUGACACGAAUGACAGGUGAAAAUGCAACACGUUCAGAAUCCCUCCGCGCUAUUCAUUCAAGUGCCUGGGUUCACCUAGCAUGCCACGGGAAGCAAGACGCGGCCAGACCUCUCAAGUCAUGCUUUGCGAUGAGCGACGGUCCUCUGGCGCUCUUGGACAUUGUUCGCGCAUCAUCUGAUUCUGUGCCGUGCUCAGAAUUUGCAUUCUUGUCAGCGUGCCAUACCGCUGCUGGAGAUCGUACAGCCCCAGACGAAGUCGUGCAUCUUGCUGCUGCGAUGCAGUUUGCUGGCUUUAGGGGAGUUGUUGGAACUAUGUGGGCUGUAGAUGAUGCUGUCGCGGUCAACAUGGUGUCGGCGUUUUACGAAGCCCUCCUCGAAAAAUCCCCAGACGGGCUGAAUUCUGAGCAUGCAGCAGCGGCUUUGAAUGCGGCCGCGAAGAAAGUGGAUAAAAGCAUCGUUCCACUAGAACAAAGGAUUGUGUUCAUCCAUAUCGGAGCAUGA